AUGACGCGCUUCCGGCGAUGACGUCAGAAGCAGCAUGGCGGCGGCGGAGAAGGCGCAGCGCUACGAGGCGUUCGUCAGCGACGUCCUGCAGCGCGACCUGAGGCGGGUGCAGGAGCAGCGCGACGCCGUCUUCGAGCAGCAGGCGCAGGUGCUGCAGCUGCGCUCCGCCCUCGCCCGCCUCCAGGACGUCGCCGCCCCCCUGCACACCCAGGUGGAUCUCGGCUGCAAUUUCUUCGUCAGCGCCGAAGUCCCGGACCCCCGGCGCGUUUUCGUGGCUCUGGGCUUCGGCUUCUUCGCGGAGCUGACGCUGCCCGAGGCCCUCCGGCACCUGGAGCGCCGCAGUUCCCUCCUGCAGAGGCUCAGCGAUUCCCUGACGCGCGACGGGGCCAAGAUCCGCGCCCACAUCCGGCUGGUGCUGGAGGGCCUGCGGGAGCUGCAGGGGCUGCAGGAGCCCCCCGUGACCUCUGACCCCUGAGCGAUUCGGACACCUGCGCUGGCCCCGCCCCCUCACCUGUGUGUAAAGCCGGAGUAACCUGUGUGUAAAACAUGAGUAAAGCGGAGUUUUUUACA